GCCCAGAUGCGCGCGAUGCUGGACCAGUUGAUGGGCACCUCCCGGGACGGUUCAAUGUAUCUAUGCCUGCCUACUUCAAUCUGCAAGGGAGUGUCAGAAAGGCCCCGCAAUCGCCGAGCCGAGAUACUACUCGUCAACGAAUCAAAUUCAGUGAUGACAGAGUAUGCAAGAGUCACCUUCUCAACUGUUGCCCCCAUGAUGUCCUUUCUGGAACUAGAAUGGAUCUUGGAGAAUGUCUGAAAGUUCAUGACCUGGCUUUAAGAGCAGAUUAUGAAAUUGCAUCCAAAGAACAAGAUUUUUUCUUUGAACUUGAUGCCAUGGAUCAUCUGCAGUCAUUCAUUGCAGAUUGUGAUCGAAGAACAGAAGUGGCUAAGAAAAGAUUGGCAGAAACUCAAGAAGAGAUUAGUGCUGAAGUGGCAGCAAAGGCAGAACGUGUCCAUGAGUUAAAUGAAGAAAUUGGCAAGUUGUUAGCCAAGGUGGAACAACUAGGAGCUGAAGGGAAUGUGGAAGAAUCCCAGAAAGUAAUGGAUGAAGUAGAGAAAGCACGCGCAAAGAAAAGAGAAGCAGAGGAAGUUUAUCGGAAUUCUAUGCCAGCUUCCAGUUUUCAGCAGCAGAAACUUCGAGUCUGUGAAGUCUGCUCUGCCUAUUUAGGUCUUCAUGAUAAUGACAGACGACUGGCUGAUCAUUUUGGGGGUAAACUACACCUGGGAUUUAUUGAAAUAAGAGAGAAGCUUGAAGAAUUAAAGAGAGUUGUCGCUGAGAAGCAGGAGAAAAGAAACCAGGAACGUCUGAAACGACGAGAAGAAAGGGAGAGAGAAGAAAGAGAGAAACUGAGGAGGUCCCGAUCACAUAGCAAGAAUCCCAAAAGAUCCAGGUCCAGAGAGCAUCGCAGACAUCGAUCUCGCUCCAUGUCACGGGAACGCAAGAGGAGAACUCGAUCCAAAUCUCGGGAGAAACGCCAUCGCCACAGGUCUCGCUCUAGCAGCCGCAGCCGCAGCCGCAGCCACCAGAGAAGUCGGCACAGUUCUAGAGAUAGGAGCAGGGAACGAUCCAAGAGGAGAUCCUCAAAAGAAAGAUUCAGAGACCAAGACUUAGCAUCACGUGACAGAGACAGGAGUUCAAGAGACAGAUCACCUCGUGACAGAGAUCGGAAAGAUAAGAAGCGGUCCUAUGAGAGUGCUAAUGGCAGAUCAGAAGACAGGAGAAGCUCUGAAGAGCGCGAAGGGGGAGAUCUAACUAGCUGUGUACAUAUCUUCAACCCUUAAGCUUCCUAUGGAGUUACACACUAUUGGUUAGUUCACAGCUGUUCAGGGGGACAGUGAGCAGAUCCAGACAUCGAUCCAGCUAGGCUUAGAUGUACAGUAUCGAACUUGAUCUGAACUGAACCUGUUUUCUUUGAUGAAGCCUAAAACUACAUCCAUAGUUUCUGGUGAACCUGAAAUACAAUUCUGCAAGUACAGUUUUAUAUAAUACACUGAUCUCUAUUCUUUCAAGUAGGAGUGAUAGUGAACAAAUUGUGUUACUUGCCUUAGGGUUUGUUGAACAUUUGUAAAAUGCUGUCUUCCUAGCCCAUACAGCAGCAGCUUUGGGAAUUUUUCUUUUUAAUUCUUCCUCUGACUUUUGUAUCCCCUAAUACCUGUACCCUCCAAUUAUAAGAGAAAUGGGGCAGGGAAGCAAUAUAGCUUCUGUUCUAAGGCUCUAUUCCCAUUAUUAAUUACUAGCUGAUUACAGUUCAGAGCAUUUAUACUGGAAUGUGUGCUGGAGAAAUUUAAAAUACUGGCUUUUGUUGUUGUUGUUGUUUAAUGGUGCCUAUUUAGAGUUGGAAAUUGAACAGCUGUUGCAUUACAUACUUUUGCUUUUUUAUUGAAAUUUUGAAAUCAAAUUUGUCUUGAGAUUUUUCUGUUCUACUGAAUUGCUAUGUUCAGGAUGUUCUGAGGGGGUGGGGGCAGGGACGCUUUCGUAAUAAGCACUUUUUGUUUUAUUUUGUGUGUGUGGAGUAUAAAGGCUACACCCUUAUUGUAAAAAAUAAUAAUAAAGUGAAAGAAACAAUCACCGCCACCAUUAUUAAACUGUAACUUGUCUAGUAAAUUGUCACUAGAAUUAUUUGCUGUGGGCAUUUCCUCUGUUCUGUUACAUCAUUAACAGUGCCUUCCUGUGCAAGGCACCAAUGGAAGUACAUACUUGCAGAGAUUCCGGAUGAACUUGCUCCGCCGGGGCCCUGGCUGACUAUUCCAGCUGCUUCAGGGUUGUCUGUAACAACGCUAUAGAGAAGGACUGGACCUGCAGAAGAAAUUGGUAUAUUUUGUUUUUGUUUUAUUCUCAUUUAACAAACCUAAAUAAAGACAGUGUAUGUAACAAACA